UUUGCAAACAGAUUUUCUAUAGAAAUUACUCACCCUGAUGAUGUCAUCAGGUUCAUCAUGAGACUGAACUGGAGAAUUAAACAUUUUUUAACAGAAAGCCUAUAAAAUCGGGGGUGUGGUGUUCCAUACAGUCUAUGGGCGGCAUUUGGAAUACAGAAAGUCGCUGUUGAGUUGCAUUAUAGGAGAUGUAGGAGCCAGCUAGAGUCUGACCUUCAUUAGGAACAAUAAGUCAUGAUAUCUGCACAUCUGCUGCGCCAAUUAUUUUUUAAAUUUGUCCCUGUGAGUUCAGCAACUUUAAGAAAACGUAUCACAUUAAAUGUAUUACUAAAAUUGCUGGAGUAUAAGGCCCAUUAAUUUAAUCAUCCAGAUUGAGCAGUUUUCUUAAUUUCCAAAGUGGUGCAGUAAAAUCUGUUUGAAAAUAUUCCUGUUAAGAUCUGUGAGCUAUUUUAUAGAAGUAGUAACUUUUGUCCCACACAUUCCCAGGCUGAUAAUCGCUGCAAAUGAUAAAUUGACUGUAAGGGAUGGAGGGAGGGGGGCAGGAGAGAGAGAAAGAAAGAGAGAGAGAGAGAGAGAGAGAGAGAGAGAGAGAGAGAGAAAGCAUCAUAAGAAAAUCCCACACUUGAUGCAAACUGCUAGUGUCAAAUCCUUUGACAACGUGACUUCCUAUAGGCUGGACGCUCGUGGGGCACCGCGUGUGAAAGAGAACAAAAAAGUGUAACGAUGGAAAUGUGAGACUUUGGCACAGAGUUGAGCUCAGUGUGGGCACUCGGUCUGUGUCCUGCGCAUCAAUGGAGACAUUUGGAAACUGUGAAGUGCCUAAUGGGACCUUUGCCUCACCUGGUGUGUUUGGGAAUUAACCGGGCCUCGUGCAUCUUUACUGCUUUGGACCCAUGAACUUUUCAGUCCUCCGCGCGCCGCUACAUCCCUCUCACGGACAAUGAAGACGACUCGCAGGUGCAGGACCCUUCUGUCAGUGAGCUUGAACUUCUUCGCCCUCUUUUUCUCCAUUACCGCGUUUAUAACCACUUACUGGUGCGUGGGGACACAGAGAGUCCCUAAGCCGAAGUGCAGCAAGCUGCGGACGCACCAGUGUAUAGACUACGGGGUGAACGAGACGGACCCCAACAAAGUGGUGUACAGCUGGGAGACCGGAGACGACAGGUUCCUGUUCCGGCAGUUCCACACCGGCAUCUGGUUCUCAUGCGAGGAAAACAUCCACGAUGAAAGUGAGAGAUGCCGAAGUUUCAUUGAUUUGGCUCCUGCAUCAGAGAAAGGGAUGCUGUGGCUGUCACUGGUUUCUGAGAUGUUGUACAUUGUUCUGCUGGUGGUGGGCUUCAGCCUCAUGUGUUUGGAGCUGGUCCACUCCAGCAACGUCAUUGAUGGACUCAAGCUCAAUGCCUUCGCUGCCGUCUUCACUGUGCUCUCAGGUCUUCUGGGUAUGGUGGCUCAUGUGAUGUACACACAGGUCUUUCAGGUCACCGUCAGCCUGGGUCCGCCUGACUGGAGGCCCUACAACUGGGACUACGGCUGGUCCUUCUGCAUGGCCUGGGCGUCCUUCACCUGCUGCAUGGGCGCAUCAGUCACUACCCUCAACUCGUACACCAAGACCGUCAUUGAGUUCAGGCACAAGCGCAAGACCUUCGAGCAAAGCAUCCGCGAGGAGCACGCGAGGGAGGCUUUCGGAUAUUUCCGAGAACGCUCCGUGCACUCCAUCUCUAAAUCUGUGGAGGUUUAUUCAAGCCAGUCCCUGAGGAGCGGCAGGAAAACUCCCAUACCUGCUGACUCUCUGGACCUGAGUGACAUUGCAGCGUCUUUAGGGGAAGAGCAGUGCUGAAUGGGAUGGGACAGUAGGCGGUGGCAUUUCUCUCAGUGUGGCAGCUUGUUGGACAGACACGAAUUCCCCAGAGGAUCAUUAGCUCCAUCUGAUAUAUUUCAACACUGCCUUAAUUCAUAAAUGAAUAAACAGGUCAUAGAGAUUCAAAAAAGUUGGGCAAUUCAGCUGAGAACUGGAAAAAGUGGACAUGAUGUAAUCUCAUGGAUGAAGGUGUUUUCUCUGUUUGUGUGUCUGACCACGAUGCAGAUGUUCAGAAUGCCCUUAUAAAUAUAGUGAGGGUCUCUCAGAUGUUAAUAGCCUUAUUAAACAUGGUUCAGUCAAUCAAUAAAUCGAUGCAAAUAAUUUUUCUAAACACAAAGACAAGGUGACAGUUUAAGUGGUGUUCAUUAAAUGUGAAAUAAAGCCACAGAUACUUACUGCGAAUGAUGUGCCUAGAUACAGUAUAUAAAUUGUAAAUAGGUUUGUGGAUCGCAAUUGUGCAGUAUGCUUGUACAAAGAAUGGUUGUGGAAAAAUUGUGUAUUAUUUUACUUUUGGAUGUUCACUUCAGUUACUUUUAUUGUGUCACAAACUCCAUAUGAGCAUCUGCAACAAACCUGCAUUAAUGAGACGUAUAAACACAGACUUUUGUAGCAUGAAGGUUCAUAUGAACACCCGUAAUGGCAUGAUUAGAGUGAUCAACAGUAAGUGUACUAUCACACAUUUCCACUAUAACAUGUAAUUUUCAUUUGAUGUUUCUGAUUCGGUUGGAGGAAAAUAAAUACUCAAAGCCAUGAAAAUGUGUUUGAGACAAAUAUGGUGGAUAUUAA